CUAAAGUUCGGUAGAGGCGUGGUUACAGUGAUAACAUCAUGCCACGCCGAGGAAAGAGAUCUGAGGCUGCAAAGCAACGCUGGGCUAAGUUGGACCUUUCAGACCCUCGGUUUCAGAGUCCAGAACUACAAAGUAGCGUUGCAGUCAUGGAGGUAUGUGACAGGGAGUGUACACAGGAGGUGUGUUGUCUACCGGUGGUGUCAUCCCCAUGCACAGCUCAGUAUUAUGCACAACCUGAGGUUAAAGAGGUCAACAGCAAUGUGCAGGUCAUAGACCUUUCUGAAAAUUAUAGUGUACAAGAAUCAUGCGCCCCACCACCCUCUGUGAUAUCUGUGCUGGCGUCCCAUAGUCAGGAUCAUAGUGGCUAUGAGCCUGAGUCAAGGAAUCGUCAGUGUACAUGCAUGGCUCUGACAUUUCUAGCACACCAGAAUGAGGGUCAUGACUUGAAGGAGGCUGAUCUUGACAAGAUACUGGACAAGGGAGACAGUCUGUAUAAGAGAACUAUAAAACAGCUAAAAAGUGAAAAGAGGUUCCGCAACUACUAUUUGACCUUGGAGGAAACACCACUCACUGUCGCAACUGAGCACCAUGAGUACAGGGUGCAAAGAUCUCCAGUGGAAAUGGGAUUCAUGAGAGACAAGGGAGAUCCUGGCACAGAGGAUUGGUUUCAAAAUCUUCGCACAAGACUUCAGUGUCUGUCUGUAGGUGUUACACAUGCACUGCUUACAGUAUCACCAUAUAUCAUUGCCGUGUUCAGAGACCAGUCUGGGAGAUAUGGACUGUUUGACUCUCAUAACAGAAAUGCUGAUGGGCUACCUGAGCAUGGGGGAAAAGCUGUAAUGAUGACCUUCACGCAUUUGGAUGAUCUAAUUGAAAAGAUUGAUCAUUUGAAUGCCUUGCUACAUGGUGGGUCUAUUGACAAAAAACAGUUUGACUUCAUGCCGGUGACAUUUGCACAUGCAAAGGCUUUGUCACACCGUUUGCCUUCCCUACAAGUGCAAUCUGACAACCCGCAUGACAGAAGGCCUGCGGAGGUGAAGGUGACACCAACUACCAAACAUGAAACAGAUACUGGACUCCCAACCAGCCAACAUUCUCUGCAGUCAGUCAAUGCACUGUCCACACACGUGAUAUCAAAGGCUACACAGGUUACAACAUCUAAAAAACUCAGUAAACGGCAAAGAAAAAAACAAAUGAAGAAACAAAGAAAAGACACACAGCUGUGUGUAAUGAUAUCUGCCACUGGUAAAAAACAAACAUCUCAGAGAGAGCGAUACAGAAGAGAAGCAGAUUUCAGGGAGAAGAAGAAGGAAUCCAUCAUCAUCAAAUACAAAACAGAUCCACAUUUCAGGUUGAAACAGAAAGAAUCCAUAACAGGGAGAUACCUAACGGAUCCACAUUUCAGGAUGAAGCAGAAGGAAUCCAUUACGAGGAGAUACAAAAUGGAUCCACAUUUCAGGAUGAAGCA